GUCACCUACCAUUUAAACAGCCAUUAUACUCACUGCACAGCUUUUUUUUCGAGUUUCGUGACUGUUCUUGAAAAGAUAUCAAAAUGCCUUCCAAGUGGAGCAGCAUCCGGACGAUAGUGUCGCUUGACAGACCCGAUGCAACGAGACCGAGAACGACGAUGGCUUCGCUCAGCCUUCGUCUCUAUCAGAAAACAGACCCCAAAGCCGACUUUGCUGUGUUAUUGGAGAACAAGAAGACGAAGAACAGCCUCCUCUUCCAGGCGGGGACAGUAGCGACCCUAUCUCAGCCAGAGACAGAUGCCAUCAGAGGCGACUACUAUGGAAGGCUGCUGGAUGCUUAUGCCUGUCUUGGGGUGCUCCAAGUUUGCCCCCGUAAGUAUUUCAAAUGCAGUUACUAACUGAAUAAGAGAAAGCAUGGAGAAAGGGUUCUGUGAUGGAGAAAGGCUUCUAUUUUUUAUGCAGAUUUUUUUUCUCUUUUUCAAUACUUUUACAAGACUGUGGUAUACUAUUACAGUCACCAAUUGAUAUAGAUAUAUCAUUAACAACCCUGGUAAGGAAGGGAACCCACACAAUUGACUCAGCAAGAAGCAAGAGCAGAACUACAGAACUUCAUUGGAGUGUAUGUAUAGCAGUUUCAUGACCCUUUGUUGAGAAUCACUCUGAAAAUCUACCCACUAGAUUCAGAAAUGUAAUACAAAA